AUGACCCAGAUGGAUUUUUUCAAGAAAUUUAAGCUCUUGAAGGCUCAAGAGUCUACCCCUGGUGUUCUUGGGUGCUUUUUCUUUAGCCUCUGCGUAAUCCUUGCCCUUUUUCUACUGGAUUACAGAAUAUUGGCUGGCUUGCAGGGCCAGCUGUUUUCAGUGCCUUGGUUUAGGUCCAAUAGCUCUGCUCUGAAAUUAUCGAAAGUGGGUUUUCUUGAAAGGGGUGGUGGGUAUUGUGAUAUAUUUGAUGGGGAUUGGGUUUGGGAUGAAAAUUAUCCGCUUUACCAACCGCAGGAUUGCGUGUUCCUGGACGAGGGUUUUAGGUGCACUGAAAAUGGGAGGCCCGAUAAAUUCUACACCAAGUGGCGCUGGCAGCCUAAAGAUUGCCAUUUGCCCAGGUUUGAUGCAAAAAUUAUGCUCGAAAAUCUAAGAGACAAGCGGCUCGUGUUUGUGGGAGAUUCUAUCGGGCGAAACCAAUGGGAAUCUCUUCUUUGCAUGCUAUCUUCUGUCAUUACCAAUAAAACUUCAAUAUACGAAGUGAACGGGAAUCCUAUCACUAAACACACGGGCUCUCUGGUUUUCAAGUUCAGAGACUUUAACUGCACUGUCGAAUAUUAUCGAGCUCCAUUUCUUGUGUUGCAGAGCCGAGCGCCUGUUGGGGCUCCCAAGAGUGUGAAGAUGACUAUAAAGCUCGAUAAAAUGGACUGGAGCUCGGAUAAGUGGAAAACUGCGGAUUUGCUCGUUUUCAAUACAGGGCAUUGGUGGAAUCCAGAGAAGACGAUUAACGUGGGCUGUUAUUUCCAAGAAGGGGCAGACAUAAAGAUGAAGAUGAGUGUCGAAAAUGCCCUCCAGAGGUCAAUGAAGACUUUGACCGACUGGAUAAGCCGUGAAGUUAACUUGUCCAAGACUCAUUUGAUCUUCCGAGCUUAUGCUCCCGUACAUUUC